GCUAGCCACAGCGCGCUGUUUGGAACCUAGGCCUAACGUCCGUCUACGCACGCUGCGGUUACUUCGCUUGUAAGUUGGUCAAGAGUUUAAGAACUUUGGAAUGUUUGCGCUCGUCCGAUUUCCGAACGAGGUCGGCAACAAGCUGUACGUUGUGCCGACUCGGUACAUAAAAGAUUUUGAGCCGUCCGACGACGAGGAUUUUGAUGCGAAGGCUAUAUACCAAGCUUUCUGGGAUGACCCUGAGAAAGAAAGUACCGGGUUCUACUCGGCCCAGAUAUUGAUGAUGGCAGACACCGAAGAAAACCUGGAGAAGAAAAGAGCGUCAAAGCGAAUCCGCAAGACGAAGGUCUACGCCUCAGAAUACGAGGCUGAAGAGGAGGUCGACGAUGUUGCGCCCUCGCAGGCAGGAGCACGAAGGGAUAAGCAGGAAAAGAAGGUCCAAAAAGAAAAUAAGCAGGCUGGCCGAAGUCGUGCAUAUGCUGACAUCUUAAAGGAACAACUCCAGAGCUCCAAAAGGAAAAAUGCUGAGGCUGCUAGCCACCUUCAAGCUCCGAAGAAGAUGCAACAGGAUACCCCUACGUCAGACAGUGACACAGACGACAGCAUAAUAGCUAUGCCAUCAUCGCAGCUUGAGCUGAAGAAGAAGGAUGUAAGCCACUGGCGCCAGCUAUAUCAGGAAAAGUGCCGAGAGAAUGAAAAGCUCUACAACAUAAUUGAAUCGCUGCAAAGCACCGUUGAUGGUAAACUUUGUGCAAGUCUUCCAAGCCCUUGCCUUGCUGCAUUGCUCCAGAUUCUUGAGGGACAAGCUCAGCGACCCUGCGACCUUGAACCCAGCCAUGAUCACAUGACUGCAUCUUGCGACCCAGCAGCUCAAGGUCCUUCCAGGGAAAGGCCAAUUACUCCUCGCUACUUCUCUGAACUAACUCUUAUGGAAACAAACUUUUAUGUAGAUCAAGCAGGACUAAAGACACUGUUAAAUGUUUCAGAUUUUACUGUGGUAGCCAGUACCUCUGCUGCUACCUUGUUGGCAACUCCCACGAGGGAGGCUACUGUGGGAGCCGGCACCAAGAGGCCGCUUUCUGGUAACAAGGGUGGACAGCGGCGACCCCAGUCAACUGAUGUUGCAGACUAUGGUGGACCCUCAAGUGCUACACCAUUCAGCACUUUGGAGAAUGGCAGGUUCCACCUCAAGGGAGGGGUAACUAUCUCCGAAGAGCAGAGGAAACACAUAUACGCUAACACGAGGCCUGCAAAGUUUGCGAAAGACACGGCUCAGAUCCUUUGGGGGUCAAAGACUCUGGUGGAGAGGAGCUAUGGGGGGAAACUUGCUCCCAAGGACAGGAAAAACCUGGGUGCAUCUGCUCGGAAGGAGCUAACCCCAGAAAAGGUGUCCCUCAUCCUUGAAACAUUGACACACUGGGGCCGGACAAAGAAUGUUGAGGUCAGCGGUGCCUUUGCCAACAUGAACACCAUUCUGUCCGAAAAAAUCCAGGACACAAGAAAGGGGUUCAGGCGCAUGGGCCUGAUGCACGACUAGAGAGAUUCCGCAGAUAGCGAAACAACUUUGUGCAUCCCUUCCUGAUCACUCUUCAACAGAGAAAUAAAUCUAUGACUUGCAA